CUCCCCGCUCCGCUCCGCUCCAGUAGCUGCCAGCGGGCACUGGCAGAUAUGUAGCCGGGUGUCUGCCAUAGUAACGCGGGUGCGACAUGAACGGGGCUCAGCUCAGUGAGUUCCCGGACGACUCGGAGCAGCUCGAGCCGUAUGUGAGCGGCCUGCGGCGCAGAGCCCUGCAGGCCAGCGAGCUGUCCGCCGUCAGGACCUUCUCCGACCAGUUUCUCCUCAAGUUUCUGCGGGCCAGAGACGUCGACGUGGACCUCUCUCUUAAGCUCUUACUGAACUACCAGCGGUGGCGGAGGGAGAGUCCUGAGAUCAGCACCUGUCUGUCUCCCUCCUCGGUGCUUGGCCUCCUCAACACAACAUACCACACCGUCCUCCCACAGCGGGACCGCACCGGCAGCAGGGUGCUCAUCUACAGGAUUGGGCAGUGGAUCCCGAAAGACUGGUCGGCCUUCCAGGUGUUCAGGGUCAGCCUGAUGACAUCAGAGAUCAUCUCCAUGGAGACGGAGACGCAGAGACAGGGUCUGAAGGCCAUAUUUGACUUGCAGGGGUGGAGUUUGGGCCACGCCCUGCAGAUUAACACUUCCCUCGCCAGAAAGAUAUCCUCUGUGCUUUCGGACUCUUUUCCACUGAAAGUGCGAGGAAUCCACCUGGUUAACGAGCCAAUGUUCUUCCGGCCAGUCUUCGCCAUGAUUCGUCCCUUCCUGCCAGAUAAGAUCAGACAGAGGAUCCAUAUGCACGGCGCUGAUUUCCACGACACUUUACGUGAUUUCUUCUCCCCGUCUAUCCUGCCACCAGAAUAUGGAGGGGAGGGGCCUGGCAUAGAGAGGGCCUGUCAGGACUGGACCAAUCAGCUGCUUCAAUCAGAGACGCUCCUGCAGCAGAUUGCCUCUCACCCAACAGGCGACAUCGCCAUUACUCCUGAGGACUCCUUGAUCUCAGAGGAAGGGGAGAAUGAGAGACUCUUACAGGGAUGAUGUUUGGAAUUCUGGCCCCCUCGGAUCACACAUACACUCUGCCGUUUUUGUUUUGUUUUUCUUUACCUUGGAUCAAAACAACCUAAACCCACUCUCUGGUAGCCAUCUUUGAGGCCUUAACUCGUCAAUACUCACUGUGCAAGUGUGACGCCAUAACCAACCCUGUAAUUGCUUACGUUUGUCUAGGUUUUAUCAGAGCUUGGUUAUGUCCUACAUCUUAAUUCAGUGAGCUAAAUGAUUAACCGCCAGCUUGGGAAGAGUGAAAGCGCGGCCUCACCUGGUUUUCCGGACCCCGGCCCGUCCGCCGCUGCUCCCCGGCUCGGCGCGCUGCUUCCUUGGCUGGGGGCCUCCGCUCUGGCGCCCUGGUGCUGCCAGCCAGCCCGGCUCCUUACCCUUGUCACUCGGUGGCAACUUCAGCGUUGUCACUUAAAUGACAAUUUGACAAUGAUUAUUUAGUAUACAUUGAAAGACGUUGACAGAAGGGAAAAGGAAAGGAGACGGCAAUUAAUUAAGGAAAUGCUGGACUUGCCACACCGACACCCACCCUGCAGUCAGGCGGCCAAUGAGCUAACAGUUGUAUUAUGACGUGACACAAGGUGUUGGCUGCAUAUCAAGAGAGCCGUCUGUGCAGCACUGGUCCAUCUGAUUGAUUUAUGUGAGCCUGUGAGCCGUCUUCCUGCCUACAUUGCUCAUUGAAAUCUGACCAAAGCGAGAAGUUGCAUCUUCUAAUUGAAAUACACAUAUUUUGCUUUAUUUUUAUUUUUUUCAGUGAAAGGAAGAGACCGAUGUCAAUCUCAUGUCUGUGUUUAUUACUAAGUGCUGAGUUUGAAUCCGGACGUAGUUAGCCUAGCUUAGGAUGCAGACUGGGAAACGGAGGAAACACUAUCUGGUCUCUGCACGUAUGGAAAAAGGAAAAACUAUCAACACCUUCAAAGCUUAGCAACUGACGAUUAUUUUCAUCGUCGGUUAAUCUGUCGAUUAUUGUCUGGAUUCAUCGAUUAGUUGUUUGGUCUAUAAAAUGUCAGAAAAUAGU